AUGGCGCAGAGCCUGCGCGAAGGAGCGCCAGAGCACCCAAACGAACAGUCAACAGCCACCUCGCCGGAAGACGCAGUCAUAUGCCCAAGCGGACAACUCAACCAAAAGGAGGACAAAAAAGGUACACACAAAAAAAGAAGAGAUCAAGUAUUCAAAAAUUUUAUCUACCAAAAUAUUUUCAACAAGGAUCGUUUUACGAAUAUAUUUAAAAAAAAAAUUGGCCAUAGUACAGGAGGGAAACGUAACGACGAGGAUGGUAGCACUGGAAGAAAUCAACAAAACGUGUCUGUGGAUGACCAACUCACAAAUGAAGAUGAAGAAUACAUGCUGUUUUUAAGUUACAUAUACAACGACAUAACGUCAUUUAUUGAGAUUAAUAAAAAUUACCACUUAAAAAAUUCCAACUACGCCGAUCUUGAAGACCUCAUUUUGGAAAUCUGCGGGACCGUCUGCCGUGAUGCCUUUCGCAAUAUAAAGUCGAUUUUUAAGUCGCCCGAGGGGGGCGCAACAAGGCAGGGGAGUGUAUGCAAGCAUGCAGGAGACGUAAAUGACCAUGUCGGAGACGUAAAUGACUAUCGUGCCGAUCGAUACAAUCACGAUUCACAUGGUGACAAGGGAAAGAGUGAACCCCUUCAAGGUUACUCCCCCAGCACAAACGAUUCCUCCUUCUUCUUCAUACCCCCCAUGGAAUACCUAGUUACACAUAUACACAAGCUGACCUCAAAAAAAGAUGAUGCCAAAAACGUCUGCCAUUUCUCAUCUGACAUUAAUGAAUUUUUAAAAAAUAACAACUUCGAUAAACACCCCAUUUAUGGUUCACUCCCAAGGGGGGAUAACCCGAGAGAGGAUGGGAAGGCUACUGGCCAGGGAGAGGAGGCAGACCCUUUUUUCCAUCAGGAGGAGCGACUCCUUUUGGAAGAUGCAGCGGAGGAGCUCACCCCCAAUGAGAAGAAACAUGACGAAGAGGGGGUCCAACAUGAUCAUGCUUAUGCACAUGUUCAUACCCAUUCCCCACCAGUAGAGCAUACACAGGUGGGCACCAAUUUUGAGGUCAGCUCGAACAAUGGCGGAGCUACCAUCUUUGCGGACGUCCACAACUUCAACGAAAAUGAAGCCAUUUGGGCUCACCGGAAGAGUCCUGAUGAAUUAACUUGCUCCCUCAUGAACGAGGAGGCCCACAGGGACAUACAUCAUUACAGCCAGUCCAACUGUUCCAAGCAGGUGAGCCGCUCCAACCCUGAGGAUGAAGUAUUCGAGGACUGCCUAGAUGAUUAUGUUAAGCCAGCGCGCGCCCCUAAGGACAACCAGGACACGGACACAAACGAUGAUGACUCGGAGGUGGACUCAGAUGGAGAAGGACACGACACGGCAGACGAUGUGGACGACGUCGCAAGUGAAAUGGGGGACGCGAAUGGGGCAAAUACGCCCAGCGAGGACAACCCCCCCGAUAAUCAAACAAGCAACAAUAUCAGACGAGCAGAGGACGUGCAUCUGUGCGGAGGACAAAAUAGUGACCAAUUGGAGGAUGAUAAAGAGGGCAUCACAACAGAAGGGAAAGACUCGCCAAAAGAGCAGCCCCUAAAAGGGUACUACCCCUCUAAGAUGGAACAACAGAAUGAACCCCCCCAAAGGAUAAUUGAGCUGGACCCAAAAGAAUACCUUGAAAAACAGAAAAAGAUGGUGAAAAAUAAAACGUAUGCAGACUUAGACGCAAACCCUGAGAGUAGGAGAGAAUUUACAAAAAAUGAGAAUCCCCACGAUGACUACUACCACUUUAAGUACCUAAAUAAAUGUGAAAAUAUUUCGAAUCCGUACCAGUACACAAAAGUGGAGAAGAAGGCCAACAUCCAGGUGACGCCAUCUCCCUUCCCGCAGUUUUUGAGGGACAUUCAGAUUUACAAUAUCAGUCAGAAGAAAAUCCGCCUGAAGAAAACGAACAUAGCGCUGAGGAGGGACGACGCCGACGUGGGGAUCCCAGAAAAGACGACAAACAAGAAAAAAAGGCAGACCAGAAAAAGGACAAAAUGA